AUGGAAAGCGAAAUACCAUUUAAUAGUUUUUUAAUUGAAGAUACUCUUCCAUCAGGCAAAUCGAUUCGUGCACAGAUUAUUGAUGGUAAAUGCCAAUUAUUAGAUGAUUCAAAAAGCUCAGAAGAGACCAGUUUUAAGAAAAAAUAUAUGUAUCCACUAGAUGAUACACAAGAAGAUAUAACAAAAGUCUCUAACGAACUUCAACGUAUUAUCGAAACAGUUAAUAACAUCAAAAUUACAGAAUUUAGUCUUGAGUGGGGCAUGAAUCCAGACCAAAAUCCAUAUUUAAUUAGAAUUAUUGAUGCAAAAUUUGAAUUGAAAUUAAUCGAAACUAAAUACAUCAAGCAAACUCUAUUAUUCUUAAUCGAUAGAAUGAACUAUACGCAUUCAAAGCGUAAAUGUUAUUCAAAUCAGAAAAAUUGCACCGAAAGCCUCUUCAAUACAGAUAAAAUUAGCGUUGAACAGCUUGCUCUCAAAGAUUACAUUUCAUCAUUACCAGAUAAUGCGCAAGAAGCCUUAUCUAAUCAAAUAUUUAGUCUCAUGAAUAAGCAUUGUCCAAAUUUGCUAACGGGUUCUUGCUCUGUUUGUCCCUUAUGCUUUAAGAGGAUUUCAUCAGAAAUAGAUUCAAGGCCACAAGGAUUUAAAAAACCACAAAGCUUAAAAACAACGUUUUUCAAAACUCAAACUGAAGAAAGAUGUUAUCAAAAGUCAUCAAGACCUCUAACGAGUACUACAUCUCGUAGUAUUCCAAGUUCUCCUGUCUUAUCAACACGUUCUUCAACUACAAGUCUGCCAAUGGCAACUCAAAGUUCAAAUGGUUUGCGUGCAACGCAAAGCAUAUCUCUAGGAACAUAUAAAAAAGCCCAUAGAAUAUAUUGUGCUCGUCGCAGUAUGUCAAUGAUAGCACAUAAACCCAAAAAAUAG